ACCGCGACAAAUCACAGGCCUCACCCACCACACGUCCACACCACAGCUCUGACGGCGGCGACCUAGGCGAGAACACGAAUCGCGAUGGCGACGGCGCUCAACCGCGGCCUCCGCUCCGGGAUCCGCCUCCUCGCCGCCGGCGCCGAGGCAUCCAAGCCAGCUUCUCGUGGAUUCCAUGCCACUGGUGUGAAGAGGAUGGGAGGGCAUGGCCAUGAUGAGCCAUACUACCUCCAUGCCAAGCACAUGUACAACUUGCACAGGAUGAAGCAUCAGGGGCUGAAGGCAACUCUUUCGGUGCUGGGAGUAGUUGGCAUCGGUGUUGGAGUCCCCAUAUAUGCAGUCAUUUUUCAGCAGAAGAAAACCGCCUCAGCUUGAGCUUUCAUGCUUUCAAGGCCUACAUAUUGGAGACUUAUUUUCAACAGUAUGUUGUGAAGUUAAAAGUUUGGACUUCAUUCUACCUUGGUUGUUGCUUGUUACCCGCAUUUGCUUACCAGAAGUUGUAACGUCGUUUCUUGCCAUUUGGUGUAGGACACAACUUUCUGUUAAUAAUAUUGUGGCUUGAACUUUCCAGGCUGUGGAGAAACCCCGCAGUGAGAUCA